AUGCUGCGGAUCGGCCCCAUCGCCGCCGCCGCUUUCGUCCGCCGGGCAUCGCCGCGGCACCGCCUCGCUGGGAACCGAGAGAGCAUCCCCCGGUCCUGGCCGCCGGCUCUGUCCCGGGGCGGCGGCGGCGGCGGCGGCGGCGGCGGGAGGGUGGUGCCGGUGCUGAAGACGCCCAAGGGCACCCGCGACCACCCGCCGGCGCAGGCGGCGCUGCGGGAGCGGCUCCUGGGCGCCGUGGUGUCCUGCUUCAAGCGGCACGGGGCGGCCGCCAUCGACACCCCCGUGCUGGAGCUGCGGGAGACGCUGAUGGGGAAGUACGGGGAGGACACGAAGCUCAUCUAUGAGCUGCAGGACCAGGGAGGGGAGCUGCUGGCCCUGCGCUACGACCUCACCGUGCCCUUCGCUCGCUACCUGGCCAUGAACAAGGUCAACAACAUGAAGCGCUACCACGUGGCCAAGGUGUACAGGAGGGACAACCCGGCCACCACCCGGGGCCGCUACCGCGAGUUCUACCAGUGCGACUUUGACAUCGCCGGGCAGUUCGACCCGAUGAUUCCCGACGCCGAGUGCCUGAAGAUCGUGCACGAGAUCCUGAGUGACCUGCAGCUCGGGGACUUUGUCAUCAAGGUGACCAGGCGGGUUCUCUGUGCCACGGCCUCUGAGGAGAAGAUCAGGACAACAGAGACGCAGGUGCUGGUGGCCUCUGCCCAAAAGAAGCUCCUUGAAGAGCGGCUGAAGCUCAUCUCCGAGCUGUGGGAUGCUGGAGUCAAGGCAGAGAUGCUGUACAAGAAGAACCCCAAGCUGCUGAACCAGCUGCAGUACUGUGAGGACACGGGCAUCCCUCUGGUCGCCAUCGUGGGCGAGCAGGAGCUCAAGGAUGGAGUUGUCAAGCUGAGGAUUGUGGCAACCAGGGAGGAGGUCAACAUCCGCAGGGAGAGCCUGGUGGAGGAGAUCAGGACGCGAACGAGCCAGCCUUAAACCCCUCCGGGACACAUCUGCUCCUCGGUUGGAUUCUGGCUGACAGAUUUCCUCCUGUAAAUGCCUUGGCCGGGCUGUGCAGCAGCGGGUGGGGGGUCGGGGGGGGCGUUGAAAGCUGUAUUUAUUCUUGUCUCAUGCCCUCCCUCCCCCUGCGGGAGCAGAGGCGGUGCCGACUCCUGCGCCCUGCCCUGGCCCUCGAGAAUGUCGCUGGGAAGACGUGGAGGUGGCUCUGACAGACCCCUCUGCCGCAGCGACCCGUGGAGCCCCAGCAGACCCCGGGGGGCUUGGCUGCAGCUUCUUGUUCCCGUCGCGUUGAAUAACCAUCCCGGCCCGUCUGGCUGCAGGGCGGUGACCUUCUCCCCAGCAAAAUGUAACGGCGCGGCUCCCGGAAACAUAAUAAAUCUGUCUGUCCCCCGCCGUGA